AUGGAGACAGGUCACUCCACCUUGUCGAACCGAAUGACCUCAGGAGAUCUUCAACAAAAGUCAUCAUCUCUAUUUGCUUGGUGCGACUUUCGACCGGCUCCUCUGCUGCAAAACACAUCCAGUACUGCUAGAGAUCAUCUCGCCAAUGAAAGAACCUAUUUGGCUUGGAUGCGAACCUCUCUGGGAUUUACUACUGUCGGGAUCGCAAUCACCCAAAUAUUUAAAACCCCUCAACCUGCCCAACCCGGGAGUGAAGCCAUCACUAUUUCUCCACCUGUGCUUAACAAUACUCGCGGUCUCACUACGGAUCAAAUCUUAGAGCAAUUAGUACUACAGGUUCAACAACAAGCUCUAGCACUUGAUAGCUACGCAAGAACCGGAACCAGUAGCGAUGAUUCUCAGGUCGGCAUUGGCAUUGGAGUGACCUUUAUGUGUAUUGGAAUACUGUUCUUAGUAGUAGGUACGAAAUGCGAAGCCAGCAGUGGUUUCGACUUUUCAAUUACUCAUCAUUCUUUCAUAGCAUACAUCUUACACAGCACUCUACUCACCGCUUUCCAUAUUUCCAAAAAUUAG